UUAAAAGCCUUUGACACUGAACAAGAAAAAACCCAUUGGAGGUUUUUUGGAGGUUUCACUGGCACCGGCACUGAGCUUCAGUUCACUCAUUUUCCGCCGGAAAAAAAUCAGAUUUCAUCUUUAGGGCACUUCAAGAGGUUAGUGAGUGAGAUUCAUGAGCUCCAAUUCCAAUGUUUUAUUUCAUCAUUAGAACUAGUUUUGUUCAUGGGAGGCAAACCAUUGCAGCCUCUCAAAGUUCCAAUCUUUUAAUCUUUAAACGAUCAAUUGGUCUUAGAUUAUUCUCCAAUAGCUCAAAUGGACACUCAUUUACGGUUUCAUACCUUAUAAACAAAUGUGGGUUCUCCCCAGAAUUGGCUUCUCGGGUUUCAAAAUCUGUUCAUUUUGAAACUCCUGAAAAGCCUGAUUCUCUGAUUGUUUUCCUGGAAAAUCAUGGGUUUUCACAAACCCAAAUCGUAAACCUCAUCAAAAGACAGCCGACUUUGCUUCUUUCUCAUACUGAGAAAACCCUUUUGCCCAAAUUAGAGUUUCUUUACUCUGUAGGUUUUUCAAGGCCUGAGCUUGCUAAACUCUUGAGUAACUAUCCUCGUCUGUUGGUAUCUAGUUUAGAGAAACAAAUCAUCCCCUCAUUUAAUUUACUCAGGAACUUGUUUCAAUCUCAUGAUAAGACUAUCAAGGCUAUAAAACAAUGUACUGGUAUUCUUGUCUAUGAUGCGUAUGUGUUUUCGAAUAUGAAGGUUUUGAGAGGAAUUGGAGUCCCUGAAUCGAAUAUCCUUAUGAUGUUUAGUAAUCCUCGAGCAUUGUUGUGUAAUCCGGUUCGGCUUAAGGAGAUUGUUGAGGAAGUUAAAAGAAUGGGGUUCGAUUCUUUGACGAAGAAGUUCGUCCAUGUGGUUAUUGCUUUGAGUUCAAUGAGCAAAUCCACACUAGAGAAGAAAUUUGAUGUAUAUAGGAGAUGGGGUUGGUCGGACCAAGAGAUUCGUGAAGCUUUUCAAAGGUAUCCGUCGUGUGUUACUGCUUCAGAGGGUAAGAUCAUGGCUAUAGUGGACUUUCUCGUGAACAAAAUGGGCUAUCAUUCGAAUCUCAUUGCUAAACAACCGAGUAUUUUCAGUCAAAGCUUAGAGAAGAGGAUUGUCCCAAGGGCUUUAUUUGCUCGAGAAUUGUUAUCACUAGGUUUGGUUAGUAACUUAGCAUUGUCUGCAUUGUUCGACACAUCGGAGAAGGUGUUUGUGAACCGUUUUGUAAAAAUUGCACCCGAGCUCUUGAAACUAUACGAAGAAAAAAAAAUGAAGUCAGUAUAGGCUGCAGCAUUAGUAUUUUGUAGGAUGCAUUAAAUUGCAGAUUAGGACCAAAGGAAUUACUUUUGGCGCAUUAAGCUUUGGAUAUUUUUCAUGUUCGUGUUGUCUGGUUUGAGUUCAUUAUUCUUGAUCUUCAACUUGUUGUAGUUUGAAUAUGUUAAUGGAACCAGCCACUCUCUUUUAGCUGUAUUGUUUUCUUCCAUUGAUGAGCCAAGCUCAACAUUUUGCUUGCUUUGUUGUU